AAGAGGUCGCCUUGUGCGGGAACAGGGCUUACUAAACCAAACUCUACCACUUGUUGUUUAAUAGUUUCUUUCCACGCGACAAAGAUGUAAAUUGGAAAGUAGAAAAUGCCCUGGAAGUACUGCUGUGGUCGUGUGGAGUUUACAUAAGUGUUUUGUGCUAAUGUUUUCUAUGGAGAUUUUCUGAGCCGUGGUGGCAGGAGGAGUGUUGUGGGCCGAGCCGCAGCGGCUGUGCUGUCCACUGCCGUCCGCCAGCUCAGCUAUGCCGUCCUAUCGGGCUGACUGGCAGGGCGCUCCCCACCCUAGGCCCGGCAGACACCCGCCACGAUGCCGCUGUUACAACUACUGAGUACUCUUCCCCGGCUUUUGAAACAUAAGUCUACACCGGGGACGAACGGAAGAAAAUGAAACUGUUUCUAGCCCUGGCGUUGUUCCUGUACUACACCUCAGACGUGCAGAGCUGGUCGAUUCCUACAAUUACUCGUCAUCCAGAGAACGGAACAGCCUUAGUUGACAGAAGAUUUGACAUUCACUGCCGAGCCACAGGAGACCCAGCACCUCGCAUUAUGUGGGAGCAUGAUGGAGAGCGUGUCCCCAAUCGGCGCCGCUUGUCCCGCGUUACGCGCCGUGGCACCCUGCGAUUCCUCGAAAUCAGACCCUCAGACUCAGGCUGGUAUCACUGUAAGGCGCAGAAUGAGCGAGGGCUAAAGUACUCCCACAAGGCUUACCUCUCUGUACAUGCACCGGCUGUGAUUGUUGAUUGUCCGUACCAAAGGUUUGUGCCAUAUGGUCAUAUGGUGUCCCUGGUUUGCAAGGUGGCAGGAAUACCCCAGCCAGAGAUCCAGUGGUUAGAGGAUGGUGUGCCAAUUAAGAGCUCAUCAUAUGAGAGGAAGCAUUAUAACACGGAGGCCUCACUGAAGGUGAACGUUACCCAUGACACCAAGUACACAUGUGUGGGUAGUAAUGUGGUGGUGACGGGCCCCACCAGCGUAAAUCAAGAUGUGCAUUUGUUCCUUCACCCCCCAAGGACAACCACCACCCCAGACGUGGAGAAAAGGGGUGAGGUAUGCUCUGUGUACAGUGGCAGUGUUUGUAGAAAGUUUCUGGAAAACAGAACCGUUUACUACAACCACAGCGCAAGCCAUCCAAGUCACGAAGAGAUCGUGAAAUCUCUGCUGCAGGAAAUUGACCUUGGGAAGAAAUGUGACUUACCAGGAAAGAAGCUACUCUGUCACUAUGCCUUCCCGGAUUGUAACCGCAUGGAUCCUCCCGCACCUCUCCCCCUCUGCAGGGAGAGUUGCCAGGUCGUGCGUGAUGUCUACUGUUACAAGCAAUGGAAAGUUCUGGAGGAUAAUGGACGAAAUGGACUUCAUCUCAACAGUCGUGCUCACUUCCGACUCCCAGUCUGUGAAAGCUUGCCCAGUAAAUGGAAUGGCUCCUGUACAGAGGCCAACUUUGGAGAGCCAGAUCCAGAUCUUGUCUCCAGUGAAUGUUACAAGGAGGAUGGUCGAUGGUAUAAUGGGUCGGUGAACGUGACGCAGUCGGGGACGGCUUGUCAGUCAUGGUCAGCCAACUUCCCACACAACCACAGUCGCUCUCCAAACAACUUUUCGGAGCUCUUGAACUCAUCGAAUUUCUGUCGAAACCCGGGAGAGGAAGACAGGCUGUGGUGCUACACCAUGAACAAAUCCAAGAGAUGGGACUACUGUGAUAUCCCUCGUUGUGAAACGUUGGGCCAGAGUGGGAACCCAAGUGUGAAGGAGUCCCCCAAAACAGAUGUGAUUGUCAUGAUAAUAAUAUCUGUAGUAGUGGUUACUGGAGGACUCCUAGUGUUUGUGCUGAUCGUCUUGCGCUGUCGGCGUAUUCUGUCGACCGAAAGCCAUGGGCAAUAUGAUGCACCCCCACAGCAAGAUUUUGAAGAAGUGGACAUAGCGAAAAUUCCCACCAAUGUUACAUACCAUAGGGUAGCAGAAGUUGUGAACCUCAACCCAAAGUUAGAACGGCUGGAGUACCCCCGCAAUGACAUAAUUUACAUAAGAGACAUUGGCCAGGGUGCUUUUGGACGUGUCUUCCAGGCGAAGGCGCCGGGAAUCUUGAAGGUUGAACCGUUCACAAUGGUGGCUGUGAAAAUGCUGAAGGAGGAUGCCUCAGACGACCUUCAGCAGGACUUUGAACGGGAAGCCUUGCUCAUGGCUGAGUUCAACCAUUCGAAUAUUGUGAAGCUAUUAGGGGUUUGCGCCAUGGGUAAACCCAUGUGUUUGCUGUUUGAAUACAUGAAUAAAGGGGAUUUAAAUGAGUUUUUGAGACUGUGUUCUCCGGAGCCGGAUUUAGUACGCCGAGAAAGUACUGGCUUGUAUAGUACGAUUGUCUCAGAUACGGCCAUUCUGAACACUGUAGACCAGCUCAACAUUGCCAAACAAAUUGCAGCCGGCAUGGUGUAUCUCUCGGAGAAAGGGUAUGUUCAUCGUGACCUGGCUACACGGAACUGCCUUGUGGGUAAUGAGCUGACAGUGAAAAUCUCAGACUUUGGCUUAGCUCGGAGUAUUCACAGUGUGGAAUGUUACGAAGGCAGUGAACAAGACGCGAUUCCCAUACGCUGGAUGCCCCCUGAGGCUAUCUUAUACAAUAAGUUUACCAUCGAGUCCGACGUCUGGUCAUUCGGAGUGGUGCUCUGGGAGAUAUUUUCCUUCGCGCUACAGCCGUAUUACGGCAUGACUCACGAGCAGGUGGUGGCUUACGUCCAGGAGGGUCAGACUCUUGCGUACCCUGAAAACACGCCCUCAGCGGUUUCGCAGCUCAUGAUGGACUGCUGGAGCCACAAGCCUUCUGCCCGCCCAGCAUUCCACACCGCCCACAAAAUUUUGAACUCUCUGCUACAAGAGGCUGUAAAGCUGGCCAAGAGCGAGCAAAAACUGCUGGCACAAAACGUAUGACACCACCAAUACCUCAUCCUUUCUCAUUUCUACGUAUUUAUACAAAUGCAUGGUGAUCAAUUCUUGUGGACGUUUUUGUUUUCAAAUGGUGAAUGCUGAAAUAGUGAUGAUGGUGCUGUGUUGCUGCCUGUGUCUGGCAUGGUGGAUUCAAGCACCUGCAUAAUGGUAACAUGCACAUUUGCAGAAGUCUUCUAAACUUUAGCUGCUUACUAUGUGGGUCAAGUUGACAUGUGAAUAAAUCCUGCUAGCAGGAAAUUAAUUGGUUGUCGUAUUACAUGAAGGAUGGAAACAUUUGGUUGUGAUGAUGUAGGGUUGAAAAGGUUCUGGCUAAAUCCCAGUGCAAGCCAAACAUAAGCAGGUUACAUGCAGCAAGAAAGGCUUGUAGUAGACACACUAUUUCUUCCUUACAAGUAUCAUGAAGAAAAUUCUUCGAUAUAAACCUCAGUCAUAUGUAUCAUGUUUGCUCAUGCAUAACCUGAUGUCUUCCAUUGUGUACAGAACUGUACUGCUGUCCUCAGGCAAUAAGAUAAGACUCUCAUUGACUGAUGCAGUACCUCAAUGGCUGUUCUCAUACAGCCUGUGUUCAAGGCCUAACUGUGCUACAAUGUACAAUAAGUAAUUCAGGUAUAGCCUGUGAUUGGACAGCUGGAAUGCUUGUUUGGUUUAUUUGAGUUAUCCCCCCUUGGGCUGACCAUACGUUGUACAUGUACAAGUAGUUGUACAGGUGGUUGUUGUUGUUUUGCUUUAAUAUUAAAGCUGGUUUUGUUGGAUAUGAUGGCUGACAGGGAUGUAAUCUGUGAUGUUAAGAUAGCAUUGUGCUGUAAAUCUCCAGGACUUGUAGGUUAUGAUACCGGUACACUGUGUUUUGAUCCCUAACAAUCUUAAGGUAGACAUUUGGUUAAUUGUAGAGCAUGGAAAUUUGCUUUUUAUAUUCAUCAAAAAAGAUUCCCGUGUGAAAAAUUGCAGACAGAGUUUGCCUUUGAUUAAAUAGAGGUAUGAAGGGCAUUUAUGUUGUAGGCAUCAGACCUGUCCUAUGUCCGACUGCCUUUCUCGUGACAAUUACUUAUCAUUCCAUUCUUGGUGAAAGCAAUGGUGAUGUCAUUUUUUUUUUAUGAUUGGUCAAUUGUACAAACUUGAAUGAUAGUUUAAAAACUGUGUGGAAAGGCUGAUGUGGUCACACCUGCCCACCACAAUGGGAAGCAAGUCUGGUAAAUCAUACAACAGCAGCGCCCUCUGUCUACCUAAAUAACAGUACCAGCUAUUAUUGUUCAUGAUCAUGUGAUGAAAUUGUUAUUCAGGUAGAUAUAGGACGCCAAGAUUUGCUUCCCUUUGCUGAGGUCUGGUGAGCCUCAUUACGAGGGAACGUCUAAUCGUAUUCUGCCCAUUACUCCUCCGCUAUAGCUAAUGACGCCAGUCUUUCUGUGUAAUGGGGUUCUCCAGCCCUCCACAAAGGGAUUCAAAUCUUGCAACUGAUAAAACAGCAGUGCCUUCCAUCUACUUAAAUAACAACACUACUGAUUUCAUUACUAACACCUGUAAUCAUGAUUAAUCAUAGAUGACAUUGUUAUUCAAAUAGGUUCAAGACACUGCUGUUCCAUGAGUUACAAGAUUUGCUUCCCUUUGUAGAGGGCUGGUGAACCCCAUUCUAAAGACUAAUAUUCUUUUUUUUUCAAAGGGUAAUAUGGUAAAGUUUAACUAAAACAUUCAGUCCUUAGGCUCUCCUGUCCAGAAAUAAUGCAUGUAUUCAUCGAGAUAUACAUGUACUAAUUGCAUGAAUAAUCAAAGGUCAGCAAACAAGCUAGAAGCACCUGCUAAUGAGGAAAAGGCUAUCUGGGUUAAUAUGCAACAAGCAGAUGUAAAAUGUAACUGGUAUCCUCUCCAGAGUUGCUACGUUUUGAUGUUCGGUAUUCUCCAUGUCUUUCAACAUGGCUUCUUUGAUGGAAGCCUUAAGCUGUGCCGUUUUGUACACAUUACCAGUAUCAUGUGUAUUCCGAAGAAUACAGACCUCUUUCCCACCAAACUUUCAAAGGCUGCGUUGAUUGUAACUACUAGGGCCCUGUGCCACACAACUAUCAUUGACAAAGUUGAGUAUAACUUCCAGGGCCUGUGUUUAUAGAGCAUCUUCAAAGACGAAAUUUCAAACACAGCUAGAAUUAAAAUGUUACUCUAUGGGAAAUUUGUACACUGGGUUUUUUUUUUUUUUUUUGACUUCAGAGCAGUGUAUCAACCCUAAUUUGGGUUCUUUCCUGUUUCUGUUUUGGAAUGUUAAACCCUUGUUAUUUAUUACUGAACUUGCUUGAUAAUUAUGACAGGGCCCACAAAACUUGGACUAAUGUACUAAAUAAUACUAAUAUAAUAAACUUAAUGAUACAUGAUUUCAGUGAUAGUAAGGAAGAUGUCAAGGCAAGUGGAUAUACCCUGAUAAUCUUGGACUAAGGUGAUUAUAAUUACCAGGGCUGUCUUCUAUGAAGCCAUCAUGGACUAAACUGAUGACGGUAUUGCUAUAGUCAUUAUAAUGAAUUCAACCUACAAUAUACAUGUAAAUUUGCAAUUGAGAAUUGGGUACUCCAGCUAGGCAAUUUGACAGAGGCACCACACUCAAUCUCUUCAAAGUGCACUUUUUUUUUCUGCACCAUACACAGCGUUUCAAAUACUGGCAGCUGAAUAAUGCAACCCUCAGGCUCCUUCAGAAAGUUUAUAUGUUACCCCUCCACUUUUCCUUGCAAGCUCAGUGAGUCUUAAUGCAUUGAUGACAGAGUUGGCUAUAGUUUGUAGCAGUGGCAUCAAGAGUUAGUUACAGGAUGUAUAAAUGAGAGAAUUUGUUAUGUGAUGUUCUCAGAAUGUACAAGUUGAGAAGUUGUAGAUAUUGCUUGGGAUUUGCAAUCCAUGCUGUUAUUGUUAUUGGAAAAUACGUGUAACAAAAUGAAUGACAAUUCUUUUUCUCUGUGAUUUGAAAUUGAUCAUGUGAAGUGAUAACUUAAAACUUUAGGAGACAAGACUGUUUCUUUGGUAAAACCACAAUUGUUUGAUACUGUUCGCUCUUGAGGCUUCAGUACAGACGUGUAAAUUUGCUUGUGGAUGUUUUGGGAUCACUUUUAUUCCACUACCCCCCCCCCCCCUCCCCCUCCCCCCAAAGUGUUUGGGGAACAAAUUAAACCGUUUUCGUACAAAUUUUUUUUCUACUUCAUAGGUGCCCCUGUGAUUUAGUCAUCUUACACACAUGCAUACUGCAAUAUGAAAGGGAAUUCUUUGUUUUACGAGCUGUACAGGUUGUCUGUACCGGUAUAGUUUUAGUUGGGAAAUGUUGUCUGGUGUCGGCAAAGCAACUGAUACACCUGUACAAAGUUGUAAGAAGCAGAUUUUCUGACCUCAAAACAGUAUAGGACUGUUAUGUCAGUUGGGUGUUAAACGUUCAAAAAUAAUCACGCUUGUGUAGAAGUUCUCCGCAGAUGGAUGUUUGAAGGAUAAAGAUACUGUUAACAAUAGGUUUAUGUAUAUAAAAAAUUUUAAUAUGCUUGUCUGGUACAAACAUUUGCCAAAUUAUGCAGUUUGUCAAAAGUCGUAAGGUUGAACAAUUAUAGCUUGUUUGGUACAUAAUGGAGGUGUCAAGUCUGCGUGGUACUAUUACACAGGAUUGCAGUCUGUGUGGUUCAUCACACAGGAUUGCAGUCUGUGUGGUUCAUCA